AUGUCUGAAUAAAAAGGAUUUGCAACAAAACCAAAACUUUUUGGUAAAUGGGAUUAUGAAGAUGUAAAAAUAAAUGAUCCAUGCUUCCAAAAUUACAUAGCCUGUACCACAACAAAAUCUUAAGUAUUUGUCCCCCACACAGCUGGCAGAUAUUAAGUAAAAAAAUUCAGAAAAGCAACCUGCCCAAUUGUUGAAAGAUUAAUCGGAACUCUUAUGUUCCAUGGAAGAAAUGCUGGUAAGAAAGCUCUUUGUAUUAAAAUAGUCAAAAAUGCCUUCGAAAUUAUCCAUAUUUUAACUGGAAGAAACCCCCUUGACGUUUUCGUUAAAGCAGUUUAAAAUGCCGGACCAAGAGAAGAUUCUACAAGAAUUGGUACUGCAGGUGUUGUUAGAAAAUAAGCUGUUGAUGUUUCACCCUUAAGAAGAAUUAACUUGGCUAUUUAUUUCAUUAUUAAAGGAAGUAGAGAAAGUGCCUUCAAAUCAAUAAAAUCUAUUGCUGAAACCUUAGCUGAUGAAAUUAUUAAUGCAGAAAAAAAUAACACUUAAAACUCAUGGUCAAUCAGAAAGAAAGACGAAAUUGAAAAAGUUGCUAAAGGAAACAGAUGAUUUUACGGUUUUUUUAUAUUAAAAAAAGGGAAAAAUAAUAGUAAUAAUUGUUUUCUUUUUUUUUUAUUUUUUAAAAAAAGAAGAAA